AUGUCCACAAUCCUCGUCCCCCUCUACAUCUACCCCUCCCAAUCCGGCCUCGGCUGGUCCCCGCUCUUUUCCGCCCUCACCAGCGCCUUGGAACGGAACCCGUCCUUGGAGUUUCUGGUGGUCAUCAACCCCGGCAACGGACCGGGGCCGGACUACCCAAUCCCGAACGCCGAUUACCGCGCGGCUCUGUCACGGCUUUCUUCUUACAACAAUGUGAAGGUUAUUGGGUACGUGCAUUGCGGUUAUGGUGAGAGGGAGUUGGGGGAGAUAGAGAAGGAUGUUGGAGAUUAUUUGGCGUGGUUGGAUUUUGCUGAUGAUGAGAGGGGUGAAUGGUGGGCUCUUAUGAUCGCCGGCGCUUGGAUACCCAUGUUUGUUGUUCCGCGGCUUGUCCCCCGAGGCCGGGGUUCAGACGUGCCGCACUUUGAGCCUGGAACUGCUAUGAUCAGCGGUACCGAGGAUGUCCCCGGCUCUUGGAUUUUCCAAAGCCCAGAUUUGCUUUUGGAAAUUUUGAGAACUCCGCUCUGUCCCGGUUCGCCUCACGGAGAUCCUGGCGGGAGGAUCUCAAAAAGUCCGUCUGUUGGGGCCCCUGUUCCUUGCUUACGCCGAGCAAAUGACAGGGCCCAGCCGGGGGCAAGGGGUCUUAAGGACCCAGCCCUGGCGAUCGAUACGAGACAUUGUGCAGUGCACGGGCCCACAUUUGUGUGUUUUGUCACACUUCCGCUUUGUGUAUCAGCAAUCCGCUUGGACGGCAUCUUUGUCGACGAAGUCCCAACAGACGCCAAGUAUCUCGACUACCUCCAGAGCAUAACGGACACUUUCUUUGUCAGCACUAUCAUCAUCGUCAGCAUCAUCAACAACACCAGGAAUCGUGACCACAACCCAGGCAUCUUCCCGGCGGCCGACUCGUCCGACGCUUUCUUCUCCUCCCGCCUGGUUGAUUACGUGGUGGUGUUCGAGAACUGCCUCGCCGCCUGGUGGGACUCGGGUGACUAUGUCAGCGCUAACCUCGCUCUCUUGACUCCUGAGAAGCGAGCCAAAGCGAUAGCUGUAGCUCACACUUGCGGCUGUGGCCCUAAAAGUCAGGCGGGUGACAGUGGCGGCCGACCCCAGCAGCAAGAUUCAGAGGGCCAUCACACCGACGGAGAGAGAGCCGAAAACAGGGAAGAAGAUGCCAUCAAGAAGAAUGUACAGCACUUCCUGAACGAGGUUGUCACACAGCAUAAACUUGCCGGACACUUUGCCACGUCUGCUACUGACUAUGCAACGUGGUGCUCGGGUUGGGAAGCCUAUGUGGAAGUGGCGUGUGACUUGGCGGCAGCAACAUGUUAA